CUUAGUUUGGUUUUGAUUCUUUGUUCCUCUAGCGAAACAAAUUGGACUCGAUCGAAUCUAAACGAGAUCACUUCUUCAGUUAUCGUUUCCCACUUUUCUGUUAUCCAGUGCCGAUUCUUCUGACAUUUCAAGUUUCUUUUUUGCCAGACGAAUCCACUGUGAUGGUGGAAUGUCACGGAGGGAACAAGGUGGGGAGAAGCCUAACCCUCGAAGAAGCUACCGAUACCAUACUCUUCUGUAGCUCCAUUGUCCACGACCUGGCAUAUCAAGCUGCAACAAUAGCCAUUGAAAAAGAACUCUCAGUCCCAUUGGAAGAUACACGGCCAACAGUUACCAUCUUGGGGAAAUCCACUCCUGAUAGAAAGGAUACCCGCAUUGGUGGAAGAACCAGACGGAGCUUAAAACCUUCCAAAGUGAAGCAGCAGCAGCAGAAGCAAGUAGAUGCCUCCGUGAAAAGCCCUUCCUCUGUGAAGGUAGAGAAUGACGAGAAUGCGGACGAUUCCAUGGUGCGGAACGUCGGUCUUCCUAAUAGAAUGGAUAGUUCGAAGCCUCCAAAGCUGGAAUCCAAGUGCAAUUGCACAAUAAUGUGAAGGAAUGAAGGUCUACCUCUGGUUUCUGUAUGUUGAUUAGAAAUGGCUUCUCUUUAUUUUUGGGGUGGGUUUGAAAUGAAAGAUCGCCAAUUGGUUUUCCAAAUUUAUUUGUAAGAAAAAAGUACAAAAAUUGAUGUGUUUGUUGGGUAACAUAAGCUGUAAAGUUUCUUGUAUUUGUUGUUAGGUUGAUUGUUAGCGGAAUGAGUAAAAAAGAAAAGAAGGC